AUGUAUCCAACAGUCGUGAAGCUUCUUAUGAUUCUCGGUGUGACAGGGUUCUGUGUUGCCAGCUCAGGUCUGGAGCACGCCACCAAAGGAGUCAGCAUGAAACCGAGCCCCGAUGUUGUGAGACUGGAACACUCGUCUCCCCUGGGGAAACGCGGCAAUGAAAGUAAGACUCAACCUGGUGGCUGCUCGGUCCUGAUUCCUCGUACCUUAUUCAAUCUCUGA